AUUGUGCACCUUGGACACUCACGGUUCUCUAGGAUACUUCAAGCUCAUUAAGUGACAAAGUUCUGUUUUUGCAAACGUGUUUUGAGCAGAGAUAUAACAGGUGCCUGUGCCCGGAGAUCCACCAUUGCCAAUUCUAGUUCAGACUGGUGAUGAACUUGCUGUAAUAUCUGUGCUGAAGGGGAGAGCUGGGUUUCACAGCGUGGCACGUCCGGCCAUCCUCCCUGGCUUAGAGACAGAGCAUGGGCAGAAUGACGUCUGGUAGUUUCAGCAACCUAUUUGAGACAGGAACCGGUGUGAAUGCACCUGCAGAUGCCUCUGGUCAGUCUCCAGCUCACUUAGCUGCUUGUGGUGGUGAAGCUUUUUUUCUACUUUGGCAGCUGCAAACAGGAGCAAAUUUGAACCAACAGGAUUGCCUUGGAGAAGCCCCGAUACAUAAAGCAGCAAAAGUUGGAAGUUUGGAAUGUCUUGCUCUCCUUGUUGCUGGCGAUGCUAAAAUUGACUUGUGCAACAACAGUGGACAAACAGCAGCAGACCUUGCAGUGGAUUAUGGCUUUCUGGAAUGUGCCAAGUUCCUCAGGACAAUUCAGCACACUCAGACAAUGAAACUGAGAGGACAGUCUGGAUACUUGCUAAGUGACAGACAUGGCUUGUGGAGAGAGGAUCCAACUGCACAGAAACAAGAAAGUGAAACCAGCAGAUGCAUAAACAGGAAGAGGAGAAGAUCAGAUGAUCUUGUCUCCUAGCUGCCAGAAAAAACAGUAAUCCCAACAUGAAAUAUGGGGAAUCCAAAGUCUGAAGAACCAUGACUGGAUGAAACACUGAGCAGUCAGAUGUGUGUGCUGGGACAUUGUCUCCUUCUGAGAAGGAGGAAAGCUUGUUUAUUGUUACUUCUUACAGAAGAAUGCUGUGAGGUUUUUUCCCCCCUGGAAUACUUGUAUUCGUUCAGCUAUAAAUAAAUGAUGAUGGAAAAAUGAA